GCUGCUACAUAUACGGAAGUUUCGAGGAAAUCUCGAGCUUCUGUCGACGUUGAUCCGUUAUCGAUUUUUCUCGUACGAUAGAUUGAUAAGCUUCGGAUAUAUCUCGAUUAUUUAAAGCUGAUUAAUCGAUCGUUCGAGGAGGACGAUCGUGCACGACUAUUUCCCUUUUAUUCGAGUUUCAUUUUCUGCGGGAAAGAAGAAAAAGAGAUAAAUUAUCGAACGAUCGAUCGAUCCGUCACGGGUUGCGUUUAAUUGCAUGCCGUAGCCGGUUAAAUGCGAUACAAGUCGAACGAUCAAGAUCGAUCAUGCGCACGAUCGCUUGACCGUAACACGCGCGCGAGCUUCCGCGUCUUUUAAAUAUCGAUAUCUUCUACACGCUCGGUUUGAGGCGAGUGCGAACGAUCGUAAAAACGCUUGUUUCACGAUACCGGGAAAAUAAACGGAGCCGAUAAGAGGAGAUUAAAAGAUCACUUCCAUCGUCAUAUACGCGAUUGCUCUAUCCUUGAUAGUUUAAUUCCUAUCAUACAAGCGCGUACGUCUAUGUAACGAUCUAGUUAUUCGCAGAUUAAAAUGAACAAGGUGUUGGUGUAAAAUGAAUCAUUCGACGGAGCUACUACGAAGUUAGAUUAUUUAGAUCGGCGUAUUUCUGCGGAAUUUUCGAUGAAUCGAAGAAAAUUGACGAUAUUACUUCGUGUAAUAGUAUGCACGUUAUCUCGAAGUAGCAUAGAAGAAGGAACGUCGCGACGCCGAGUAUGCAUUCUACUCAUGCACAUAGCGCGCGCGUUUGAGAGGGUGCACUAUGGAGGCGCUGCUGUGGAGGUAGCAGCCCUUCUAGAGACUCGACUUCGUAUCGUCGGAUUCAGUCGGUUCGCCGCCACUCGGCACGACGGUGAAUCGCGCGUGGAACAUCAGAGGAGCCACCUCUCUCUCUUUCUCUUUCUUUCUCUCUUUUUCUCAUUUUUCUAUUAACUUUUCCUUAUUUGUUUCUUUCUCUUUUUUGCCUUGGCAAAAUAAUUUCUUCUUCCGUCCGUAUCGAUUUUUCUCCUCGCACUAGUAUGUGAAAAAAAGUCUCGUUCAGUGGCAAACUAGUGAAAAUAGAUAAGAGGAAGGAUGAUACUUUUGAAGCAAAAGAAUGCGAUCCAUUACGGUUUACCGCCAACGCCGGCACCCAAGCCACCGUCACCUUGGUCCAGCAUACUCUGGGGCGACGAACGUCGACCUCGAGGAGGAAAAACGGCACGAGGUGCGCGCGUCAUGCAGCUACGCGACAAGGUCACCGCAAAAGAUUCGGGAGCCGGAGCGCCGGCCGACGACGAUGACGGAGCGAGAAGUUGCAAAAGCCUGAGCGAAUGUUACUUCGCAGGGAAAGGAGCGGCCCUCGUCUUACCACCGAACGAAAGGGCCCGACCCUCGAGGAGAGUAUCCGCGGCAGGAUGCGAUAUUCAGCAACACUUGCAGUCCAUGUUUUAUCUCUUGAGACCCGAGGAAACUCUGAAGAUGGCGGUGAAACUGGAGUCGGUACAUCCAGGAAGGACGAGAUAUCUCGUCGUGGUGUCCUGUACAGGCCGUCAGGAUGCCGAAGAAAGUUGCCUUCUCGGUAUAGAUUGUCACGCCAGAGCAACCGUUGGUCUUGUCCUUCGAGUCCUAGCCGACACUGCCAUUACUCUAGACGGCGAUGGGGGCUUCAGCGUCAGCGUUUGCGGUCGACAGCACAUCUUCAAGCCGGUCUCUGUUCAAGCCAUGUGGUCGGCCCUGCAAACGUUACACAAGGUGUCGAGCAAGGCGCGCGAGCAAAAUUACUUCCUGGGUGGACUAUCUCAUGACUGGGUCAGUUACUAUGAACAACGAAUCGAGAGCGAUCGGUCGUGCCUCAACGAGUGGCACGCCAUGGAUAAUCUGGAAUCCCGACGACCACCGUCUCCGGACAGCGUACGCACCAAGCCCAGCGAGAGGGACGAGACGGAACGCGUGAUUCGCUCGACCUUAAAAGAGAUCAUGAUGUCGGUGGAUCUCGACGAGGUUACCUCGAAGUACAUCCGAGGAAGAUUGGAGGAAGAUCUGGAUAUGGAUCUGGGUGAAUUUAAGCCCUUCAUCGAUCAGGAGAUGCUCACCAUACUGGGACAAAUGGACGCACCUACUGAAAUAUUUGAUCACGUCUAUCUCGGUAGCGAGUGGAACGCGAGUAAUUUGGAGGAACUCCAGAAGAAUGGGGUUAGACACAUCCUAAACGUGACACGCGAGAUAGACAAUUUCUUUCCUGGAAUGUUCACGUAUCUCAACGUCCGUGUCUACGACGACGAGAAGACGGACUUGUUGAAGCAUUGGGACGACACGUUCAAGUACAUAACUAAGGCGAAGAAGGAAGGUUCGAAGGUUUUGGUACACUGCAAGAUGGGCGUUUCGAGAUCCGCGUCGGUCGUGAUAGCGUACGCUAUGAAGGCAUACAAUUGGGACUUUUCCCAGGCGUGGAAGCACGUCAAGGAGAAGCGCAAUUGCAUCAAGCCGAACAACAGUUUUCUCCUGCAGUUGGAAACGUAUCAGGGUAUCCUGGACGCUAUGAAGAACAAGGAAAAGCUUCAGAGAUCGAAGUCCGAUACGAAUCUAAAAUCUCCGUCGUCGGUGAAGGACCAGUCGAAGAAGGAAGAGAAGAUCGACGACAGGAACAACGGUUUGCAGGAGAUCUCUGGUUUAGAACUGAAGAAGAGCAAUCAGAGGCCCAAGAGUUGGUCGCCCAACGUGGAACUCGCGGAGAACAUGCUUCCGUCCGCACCACUGUCGCAAUCCCUGGAAAGCAUAGACAAGGUAGGAACCACGGAGGUGACGAGGGAAGACCUUCUUCGCGGAUCGAAUCAAAAAUCGACGAUGGAUCAGGAAGCUCGGAACGUCUUGAUGCCUUGCGACAACGGCCAGUCCUACAGCGUCUCGCAAAACAAGAUAGUACAUCUUCCAGGGCCUGACACGCCUUGCACGAAACACAACAAGCUCGCGAAAUCGGAAACGCAAGGUCAGAGACGAAAAGGUUUGGUUCUGAAUCUGACGAAUCAAUUCGAGGCAGCUAGUAGCAAGCCGUCCUCGCCGGGUUCGGAUUCGGACGGUAAACCGUUGCCGCAAAGUCCUGAGAUCGAGGAAAAGCCAUUGGAGAACGGUCUUGAUCGAUCUCAGGGUGGUACGUCGUCGUCGUCGGACGCUUUGACGGUCGAGCAGGUGAUUUGGGAUCCGGGCGAGAAGAGACGUAGAAAGAAGGAGCAGGGCGGAGAGAACGUGAUAAACGACGGUGAAUGUCUAGUCUGGACGGCAUCGAUCGAUGCAACGUGCCCCGACUCGUGCAAUAGCCUCAAGGCUAACGGAGAAGUAGUGAGUAACAGUGAGAGCAGUGAAUGUGUCGCGUGUGGAUCAACGACUGCACCUACGACGAUAACAACGACUAUGACGACGACGACGACGACGGCGACGGCGACGGCGACGGCGACGACGACGACGGCAACGACGACGACGACGACGACGACGACGACGACGACAACGACGACGACGACGACGACGACGACGACGACGAGUAGUCUCGGUAGAAAAGUGAAAAGGGAUGGUGAUCCGUUCAGUGCACAAUUGGACAGGGUGUUCGAUCGCGAGGAAAGACGCGGCGAACCGACUACGAGAGAUUCACCGAGCAGACAGAGUUCCUGGAGCAGUUACGAUAGCGCGGUGGUUCUUGACAACAAUUCGGUGCACAGCUCGUGGGCCACCUUACCUUCGAGAAACAGUUCCUGGGGAUCAUACGACAUGAGACCCUCCGACCUUCUAGGAUCCAGCGGCCUUUUUCCUUACGACAAAGAGGAAAUACCUUGGCAUCCUGGUACGGUCAAACGUACCAAACAAAAGCUCGAAGAAGGUGCCAGCACUGCCGCCGUUAAACGCGUUUGUACUCAAAAUUCCGAUACGGAGGACAAGGAUAGAUUGACGGCCGAAUCGGAAGAGGUUCCGGUCGAAGGUUACAAUUCUCUUCUUCUCCAUCACACUUCUUCGCCUACCCCACGAAGAAGGGAUUCCUCGCCUACCCAAGAAAGCUCUAAUCUCAAGAUAGAGACCGCGAGAAAUUCGCCGAGUCCGCUCGGUGGUAUCGAUAUUUCGCCGGUGUCGAUACGACAAGUCGGAAGAUUGUCCACGAGCGCCCCAGCGCCCUCGUCCCUGUCCUCCGACACGGAUCUACCUUCCUCCCUGAGAUCGUGCAGAUCGGAAAGCGAAACGUCCAGUCCCUGCGUCGUUAAUACCACCCAAUGUCCCUCGGUGAAACACCAUAAGAUGGUCCUCGAGAAUCUUAGCAACAAAUCCAUCUUUAGCAAACGAUGUCUCUCCGUGGACGACUCGCCGGAGUCCGAGUGUCCACGGAGUACGUCCGGCAUCGUGAAGAAUCUCAAGAAGGAGUUUGAGGCGAAAUCAACGAAAUUGGAAAAGAGCUUCGUCGAGGGUGCCUGUGAUAAUCACGAAGGCUCCUCGAUGGUCGCUCGACCGAAGAGGGACGUUAAGAUUCGAAGUUUACCAUCCUCUCCGGUAAUACCUCACAAUGAAUCAAAGAUCCAAGCCUCGUCUAGCGUCGGUGAAACCAAAGACAAGGAAGUUAAGGUUAACGAUUCCAGCGUCCAGGACGCUACCGAAGAUCUCUCGGUGAGGGUGUUGGUAGGUAAAUACGAAGUGGCCAAGCCAUCGGUGGACUCGAAACGAUCGUCGGACGUACAGUUGCGCGGUAACAAGGACAAAGAGUGGGGGGACUCGAUGGAGGUUCAUCCGCCGGCCAAGUCGAAGAUCGCGCCAGAGUUUGCCAGAAGAUCGGCCCCGAUCAUGAUCAACAAUCACACGAACGCGCUUUUCGGCGAGACGACGGCCGAGACACCGGGUAGACCGCCGGUUCCUUCGCCCAGCAUCGUCGUCGCUAGCGUCGUAGCGAAGGCAGCUAGCAAGAAACAGCAGCAGCACGGCAGAACUCAUCCGCUUGCCAGGCUGCAGGUCAGGCCUAGGCACAACAGUCCGGUUUACAAUACCAUGUAAAAUCGAUAAGGAAACGAAGGAAUACUCUUUUGACGAUGUACGAGCGUGUUACGUCGAUAGGACGACCGAAUGUAAUCGCGUUUGCCAACGAGUAGCGAGUCUCGCUAGGUUGGUACUUUUAACUAUCCACCCUCGACCCCGUCACUCAAUCUCCCAAUUCCCCGCCACGAUUGAAACCGUGUGAUCUCUUACAUGCCAACGCUCGAGGUUGGUUGCUCCUCGAACAGAUUUUAAAUACGAUACUGCGUGCGAUACGAGUGCGUUUAAACGAUUAUCGAGUAGAGAGAGCCAGGAUGUUCGCGCGUCUGUUUCGAGGAAAAAGGAUCUUUGUUUUUCUUUUCUCUCCUUUCCUUUCCCUUCCUUUCCUUUCAUCUUUUUAUCGCUGUUGAAACUUGCUGUAGCGAGCGAGCAACAGUCUUCUGUUCCUUCUUCUUUCGGAGCGCGUCAUACAUAUCUUUGGCUCGGUAUAUUAGUUAAAUUGUGUACGCGAGAUGAAAGAGAUGCGAUUUUUAAUGAAACGUAGACGACAUAGGUGCACGGUGGGAACGAGAAAGAGAAGAAAAGAAAGAGAGAAAUUCUACGAAAAUUGUUAUUCCUAAUGUCACAUCUCGUCGUAAAAUUAGCGUUGUUGUAUAGAGUAAAUGGACGUGAAAAAUCAAACGUUGCGUUAUCGUGAUGAUAAUACAAAGUAAUAAUGUACGUUGUACACGACGACGACGACGUUCGUGCUUGAUGAUGAUGAUGAUGAUGAUGAUGAUGAUGAUGAUGAUGAUGAUGAUGAUCAUGAUGAUGAUGAUGAUGAUGAUGAUGAUGAUGAUGAUGAUGAUGAUGAUGAUGAUAAUGAUUGAUGAUGAUGAUGAUGAUGAUAAUAUUAAUGAUAAAAUAUUAUGUGAACCGAUUUAUGUAUGUAUGUUCAAGGAACGCGUGAAGCAUCGUCGUAGGCUUUUUUGGUUCCGUGUAAAGAGGCGAGUGCUCAGUCAGGCUGUGAAUGUAAGGUCUGGGCAUCGCGCGUGAGAAGACGUAGCUUUUUCUUUUCAGCUUCGCUUUGAGUUUCUUCAGAUACGUAAUAUUAAUAAUAAUAAUUAUAAUGAUAAUAAUAAAAAAAAAAAAAAUCAUCGAGAGUGAUGUUAAAACAUGAAAGAAAUAGAGAGGGGAGAAAAAAGCAAAAGAAAGAGAGGAUAGUUUAAUCUAUGACGUCGUUUUGGGGAGUGAUAAUUAUUGAAACGUUUAAAAGAAAGGUUAUAUAUGAAAAAGAAAGGCUAUAUGAGGAAACCUCGAAUUGAUUUUAAUUAUUUAAAAAAAAAAAAAAAAUAAAUAAAAUGGAACAGAGAUAAAACUACACUGUUAGUAAUUUAUAGCGACUCUCAUGUGAUUAGAAAAAAGAAAAAUAUGUACUUUAAGUGGUGCGACGUAACGACACAAAGUUAGCGAGAGAGAGAAAGAGAGAGAGAGAGAGAGAGAGAGAGAGAGAGAGAGAGAGAGAGAGAGAGAGAGAGAGAGAGAGAGAGAGAGAGAGAGAGUGAGAGAGAGAGAGAGAGAAAAGCGAAUCUUUAGAGGGCGACUGUGAGUAAAGAAGCACGAGUGUGAUUCGAUGAAGGUACUGGGAUCGGUGAGCACCCGAUAUAUAUGUAUAUGUAUAUGUGUAUAUAAUUCGAAUGUUCACUCUCCAGAUAUAGAAAAAAAAAGAAAAAAAAAAUAGUCUCGUUAUCACGCUCACGAGAUGCACGUACCUUCAUUUUUAAUUGAUCGUUUAAUUAUCCUACUAUUUGUACUCUUACUACUAUAAAUCGUCGUGUUACUACUACGAUUAAUUCAGUUCGAUCGAUCGUAUAUCGCUUCAUAAUA